ACACGGGUUUCAGGUUUAGGAUUUGAUGUUGUCACUGCCCACGGACAUUCGCAGGGACAACUUUGAGAGGCCAUGUGCUCGUCCCCCCUUAGGAAGUGGGAGAAAUCCCUGCAGCUCGGUUUUGUUCCAAUGGUCUGUUCAGUGAGUGAUUCCCGUUUCCCCAAAGGCUGCCCCUCAUUAGCAUGAACGGGGGUGGGGGUGUGGAGAAGGGGUGGGGGGAGAGAAAGAGCAAAAGCCCAGGCUCAGUUUUAGAGCCUGGGAACCGUGUCUACGAAAAUGACAGCUAGAGCUUUCUGGCUCCUCUGUUUGAUCGUUGGAUCAUCUCCCGAAGCCCCAGUGGCGGAGAGAAAAGCCUCGCCGCCCCACAACAGGAAGCCCGACCCCGGCGGCGGCCCGAGCGCGGAGGAGACGCCGGGGCCCCGGGCGCAGCCGGUCCCUGAGGCCCCGCGGCGGCCGCGCGCAGCCGAGGCCGCUCCCCGCGCUUGGUCCGACCCGCGACGCCGGAAGCCCCCGCCACCCGCCGAGAACCGGGCCGGCUUCCGGGAGGCCGCGCGCGCGCCCGCCGGUCCGCCGAGUCCGCGCCUCGCGCAGGCCGAGAACCGCGCCUCGUCGCGCCGCGUGCCCGCGCUGGAAGACUCCCCGCGGCGCGCGCGCUCCCGGGCCCUGCGCUUCCCGGCCGCGCGGCCGCCCGCGCGCGCCGCCGAGGAUCCCCCCGGCCCCGCCCACCCCAACCGGCCGCGCGCCGCCGCGCCGCCCCCGGGGCCCGGGCCCGCGCCCGCGCCGCCGCCGCCGCCGCCGCGCCUCAGCCUGCCGCGGAGGGACGCGGGACCCGGCACCGAGUCCUGCGAGCGCGCUUGCAGGACGGACCUGGACGAGCGCGAGUCCUACUGCGCGAGCGAAUUCGCAGUGAACGGAAUCGUGCAUGACGUGGACGUGCUCGGCACAGGGAUCCGGCUGGUGACUCUUCUGGUGGACCGGGACGGGCUGUACAAGAUGAACCGCCUGUACAUCACUCCGGACGGGUUUUUCUUCCGAGUCCACAUUUUAGCCCUAGACUCCUCCAACUGCAAUAAGCCAUGUCCAGAAUUUAAACCUGGCAGCAGGUAUAUUGUGAUGGGUCACAUCUACCAUAAGAGACGGCAGCUCCCUACAGCUCUCCUUCAGGUCCUGAGAGGACGGCUCAGGCCAGGAGAUGGCCUCCUCAGGAGCAGCAGCAGCUAUGUGAAGAGAUUUAACCGAAAAAGGGAUGGGCAAGUUCAAGGUGCAAUUCACACCCAGUGUGUUUGAAAUGUACUACUGUCCUUGCCCUUCUGGAUCAUAAGAGACUUGGCUGUCAGCAACGAGACAGGCAAGGUCUGUCUUCGUGUAAUGGGGUCUUCCUGUGGAGUGGGGCACACAGCUCCUUCGGGCAGUGAUUGCGUAGUUCCAGCUCGAAUCCUGAAAUUGCCACUUUCUUAUUUACAAAAUGCUUCUUCCGUGGUAUGCUUCUGAGCUGCCUGGCAAAGUUAUUCAACUCUAGGGGCACUCACACGGCUCAGAUAACUGACCUGUCCAGUUAACAGAUCACUGCUUCAUGGUGUUUAUUUUUAAUUAUUUUAAUUUAAAUACAUUCUUCAGUAGAAAUAGUUCACAAAAAAACAUUUCCUUGAUUUUAAAUAUACAACUUUGAAUAGGUUAUAUCGCGUAUCAAACCAAAUUUCAUACUAAAACCAUCACAUUUUAAAUUCUGUACAUAACAGUAAGUGCACUAGUCAGAAGACAUAUAUGAAAUGUCAUUUAGAUCAAACACUAGGGUCAGAGCUCAAGACAAGUAUUGAAGUUUUACACUUAAAAAGUACUAACGGGCUUAAUUCAACCAAAAUAUUAUUCAACCAAGUGUUCCUGAUGUACCAAAACGUAAGAAAUAGUUUGUUUUCAUGCCUCCCUGCUCCUAAAACAUAUUUUGCGUGCCGAACUGGCAACACAAUGUCUAUCCCAAUGCUAGACAUAUUCUGGGCGUAUCUGAUGUCAUUUUUCUAUUAAGACCAAGUAUCAUGUUUGUGUUUGUCAAGUAGUAAAUCUUGCCUUGAAAUCAGA